UGAUUAGUCCAGGCCACUAAGCCCAGCAGAGCAAGUGCCAGACAUCCUGACCUCCAGGCCGGUUCUCAGUCUCGGGAGUGGAGCGUGAGGUUGCAAUGCCUUCUAAACAUGAUGGUAAAGAUAUAGAACCUUACUUCUUCGGGAGCUUGGGGCUGGGAGGGCUGCUGCUCCUGCUCGUGGUCAUUCUGUCCAGCUGCCUGUGCUGGCUCCAUCGAAGAGUGAGGAGGCUGGAGAGGGGCAAGGUUGGGGGCCCAGAGCAAGAGCUUUACUAUGCAUCACUGCAGAAGUUGCCAGUGUCCAGCAAUGAGCUCGUGGACAAAGAAGGGGAAAGCAUGAAGCAGGGCCCCAGCACAGACUACGCCUGCAUUGCCUGAGCACCCACAGACGCCUCCCUCAUUCCUGGAGAGUACUGAGCAUCGUCCUACGUCCACCAAGUAAACACCAUGGUCUCAUCACUUCUUGUCCCCAAGUGCAAGGAGUGUCAUCAAAACUCAAGCGGCUCAGGGCUGGGGAGAUGGCUCAGUGUUUACAAGUGCUGGCUUGCAAAGCCUGCUGGGCCAACAGCCAUGUAAAGUUCAUUUGCUGCCUGAAGUGACAAAAGAUACACACACACACACACACACACACAC